AUGACUCGAGCCAGGUCCCGAAACGAUGCCUCCUUCCGCCGACUUGGAAAGCUGACAGCAAAAUCGGCUAGAGAUGACCGGCAGAAGUAUUGGUCCGAAACGGCGACUUUUAUGGAGCGGGCUUUAAAUGUUGUUAGUGGUAAGCCCCCAACACUCGGUGAUUCUGUUCGCGAUGUGAAUGGAGGAAUUAUUGCCGACAACUUUGCCAAGGCCGAUGGCUGGCGCGAACACUUCGAGCACCUACUCAACUUUGAUGAACAACCCAUCACACCCUCCCUCUCCUCCACAGCGGAGUUCCAACCCUCUCCUUCCUACGCAGUGUCGUAUGACCUCCCUUCCGAAGACUUGUAUCGACACCCUGGCGCCUCGGCUUCAUGA